UUAAUAAAACGUGAGCACAUUUUCUUUUAAUUGAGUCCUAAAUCUCGCUCACAUUUAGUCAUUUCCGACAUGCUCUCACCGCUGCUGCCUGUCGUAACUUCUGUUACUCAAGCUGUUGAGAUUCGGCUAUUGUCUGCAACAUUACAGUUCAACAUUGCAGGGUCACCUGUGGUGUCCCGCCAGCUAUGGAGCCGACUGCUGAUAGCCUGAGGGACUUCUUGAAAGAUAGAGGUGUCAGCGAAGAGUUUAUUCAGAAACUCGAAAACGAAAAGAUUGAUCCAUCUGUGAUACCACUAAUGAGUGAUGGUGACUUGGCAGAGUACAUUCCUAAAUCAGGGGACCGAAUAGCUGUGGUGGCCUUUUGUAGGCGAUCCAGCACAACCAGUAAUUCAAGAAGAGACCAUAUACUGACUCGACUGCGCCGAAGACUAUCAGCACCAGGUGUGAAGCCUUCAAAAAAUUCAACUUGGAUUGGGAAUAAGAAUGCAGAAAAAAGAGAGAGGCGGAUUGAAUUAGGAUGGAUGGAUUUUGAUUCUAAGCAACAGCAGUACAAGCAGGUGAAGGCCAUUAAAGGUGGAGGAACCAGACAUUUGACCAUUGAUAAAAACCUAACAGUGGAGGAAGUAAGGGUCAUGGCAGAAAAUAUUUUUUUUCCAGAUGGGGCAUCAAAGAACAAAAAGCUCUCAUGUUACCAUUCUGAAAUUCAGUCGUCACAGAUUGAAGUGGAGAUAUCAAGCACUAUUGAGCAACUGUACAACCUCAGUCGUGUUCGAAUACUACGACUGUAUCUCUGCACCAAGUUAAGGGAUGUACAGAUAGAAGAAGACAUCCAUCCCAAAACCCCGCAGAGCUCAACUUCAGUUGCAGAUGUUGCUGAAAGUUCUUUUGAAGUCAGGCAGUACUUACCAGAACCAGAUGACGACUAUGUUGUCAACAUCGAGAUUCCCACAGACAAUAACAUGGACGACACAGUGGUUUGGACUGGCCAGUACACAUUAGCAGGAAAUGAAGCUUCCCCUGUUACAGUGUCUCUUGUUGUAGAUAAUAUGACCCCUGCUGAUUCAUCUCCAUUGGCACAGCCUGUCAGUGAUCCUAAACCGCCUUUAAGCCAACCAUUAGUUACAGGGGUGGAACCCACAGUUGCAGGAAUAGGCCUACUGCACACUAUCUCUUCAACAGCCAGUGAAUCCUUGCCAUGUAAUUCUGUGUAUUCCUCAGUUUUUGACCUGACCACUACUGAAUCUCCUCCCCAAGACUCUUGGAUGUUGCAGCCUCCUGUUGCAGACUCUUUCCCUGAGUCAGACAGUGACCAUGUGCCCAGUGUCACGUUAAUCAUACGUAGAGGACACUGUCUCGCUGAUCUUAUCAAGGCAUUUAAAGAUCCUCUUGUUUUAGAGUCAGAGAUCUACAUUAAGAUGCGAUUGCCUAAUGGUCAGCUUGAAGAGGGAGAAGGGAUAGGAUUGCUCCGUGAUUGCAUCACAGAAUUCUGGACAGAGUUCUAUGGGAGAUACACAAUGGGCCGUGAUGCCAAAGUGCCUUUUAUCAGGCACGAUUUUCAAAUUGAAGAAUGGAAGGCUGUUGCUAGGGUGCUUGUUUUGGGAUGGAAACGUGCUGGGUACUUCCCAGUGCAGCUAGCAGCCCCUUCCCGGAGGAGGUGCUGUAUGGGGCGCAUUUUGCAGCUCAAGGAUGGAUUUCUAAGAGUUCAGAUCAGGGGGAGACAGAUUCUUUUUCAGGGCCUUGGAUGA